AUGUGCAAGCACUCUAUCUCCCAAUACACUUGCUCUGACUACAUUUCUGACCACAUCUGGAAGGCCAAAUCGCAUUAA